AGGCAAGCUCACAUCCCAUCUGGAUCACGCUCGCUCUCUCCCUUCUGCUUUCCUACCAUAGAGUUGCGCUGGAAACAGAAGAUAGAGGGAGUGUAGGAGCUCGCCAUCUCCAAGCGAUCUACAUUGGGAAAAACAUGGAGUCGGCUCCGGCAGCCCCCGAUCCAGCAGCCAGUGAGCCGGGCAGCAGCGUCUCCGAGGCGGCCGCCGGCGCCAGGGACACCCCGGUGAACCUGGAGCCUGCCCGGAAAAGCGAUGCGCCGGCUCCCGUCCGCAGGCAGAGCUACUCCAGCAGCAGCAGAGGUAUUUCUGUAACAAAGAAGACUCAUACAUCUCAAAUUGAAAUUAUUCCAUGCAAGAUCUGUGGAGACAAAUCAUCAGGAAUCCAUUAUGGUGUCAUUACAUGUGAAGGCUGCAAGGGGUUUUUCAGGAGGAGUCAGCAGAGCAAUGCCACGUACUCGUGUCCUCGGCAGAAGAACUGUCUGAUCGACCGGACCAGCCGCAACCGCUGCCAGCACUGCCGCCUACAGAAAUGCCUUGCUGUGGGGAUGUCUCGGGAUGCUGUAAAGUUUGGUCGAAUGUCCAAAAAGCAGAGGGACAGCCUGUACGCCGAGGUGCAGAAACACCGGAUGCAGCAGCAGCAGCGGGAUCACCAGCAGCAGCCAGGAGAGGCAGAGCCACUCACCCCAACAUACAAUAUCACCACCAAUGGCUUAACAGAGCUACAUGACGACCUCAGUAAUUACAUUGAUGGGCAUACCCCUGAAGGUAGCAAAGCAGACUCUGCAGUUAGCAGCUUCUACUUAGACAUACAGCCUUCUCCAGAUCAGUCGGGUCUUGAUAUUAAUGGAAUCAAACCAGAACCAAUAUGUGACUACACACCAGCAUCGGGCUUCUUCCCUUAUUGUUCUUUUACAAAUGGGGAGACCUCUCCAACUGUGUCCAUGGCAGAAUUAGAACAUCUUGCACAGAAUAUUUCCAAGUCACACAUGGAAACUUGCCAGUACUUGAGAGAGGAGUUACAGCAGAUAACAUGGCAAACUUUUCUGCAGGAAGAAAUCGAGAACUAUCAGAACAAGCAAAGGGAGGUAAUGUGGCAGUUAUGUGCAGUCAAAAUAACAGAAGCUAUACAGUACGUAGUGGAAUUUGCCAAACGCAUCGAUGGCUUUAUGGAACUGUGUCAAAAUGAUCAAAUUGUGCUUCUAAAAGCAGGGUCUUUAGAGGUUGUGUUCAUCAGAAUGUGCCGUGCCUUUGACUCCCAGAACAACACAGUCUACUUUGAUGGCAAGUAUGCUAGCCCAGAGGUUUUCAAGUCCUUAGGUUGUGAAGACUUCAUUAGCUUUGUGUUUGAAUUUGGAAAAAGUUUAUGUUCUAUGCACUUGACAGAAGAUGAGAUAGCUUUGUUUUCUGCAUUUGUUUUAAUGUCAGCAGAUCGCUCAUGGCUUCAGGAGAAAGUAAAAAUUGAAAAACUCCAACAGAAGAUCCAGCUAGCACUUCAACAUGUCCUACAGAAGAACCACCGGGAAGAUGGAAUUCUUACAAAGUUAAUAUGCAAAGUGUCUACUUUAAGAGCACUGUGUGGACGACAUACAGAAAAGCUUAUGGCAUUUAAAGCAAUAUACCCAGACAUUGUGCGACUUCAUUUUCCUCCACUUUACAAGGAGUUGUUCACUUCAGAGUUUGAGCCAGCAAUGCAAAUUGAUGGGUAAACGUAUCACCUAAGCACUUCUAGAAUGUCUGAAGUACAAACAAUAAAACAAAAGAAAGGAGAAAAAAAAAAAGGAAAAAAAAAAAAGAAAGAAAACCAAGACACUUUAUAUGGCCCUGCACAGACCUAGGGAGCCAACACACUGCACAUCUCUUGGCGGUCAGGGUCAGGCGAAGGAUGGGAAACAAUGAAACCAAGUUGAACUUGUUUUUCUCAUGCAUAUGAUUUCCAUUAUGCCUACAAAUAUGGACCCUUUUUCUGUCUCAACUUUUCAAUCCUUGACUUCUGUUUACACAGACUGAGGGUACUAAUGUCAGAAGGUUGUUUUCUUCUGUUGUUCACUGCCCAGACUCUUGACAGAACAAUCAAUUUGUUGGUCAGAACAGAGUCCACCUAGUAAUCAGCGACUGGUGUGCGUUGCAGAGAUUUCAGCAUCAGUUUGCACAACUUGCUCAUUGUUUCAUGAAGGACGAUUUUUUUUCACCUACCACUGUUUGCCAGUAGACAGAACGGCAUGAAAAGGGUCCAUAGCAAUAGCAACAAUAGCAUUAUAAUAUAUUACAGGGUAAAUGGGCAUGAAGACUAUAUAUAGCAAAAGAGAUAUUGUUUAUAUAUUGUUUUAAUUAAUAUAAAAUGUAGUUACUGGUAUAGCUUUUCUUGUUGAAUUGAUAAGGCACUUUCAUUUUGCACCUUUUUCUUUAAAUUAAAUGCUAGCGUGUUCAUUGUUGUGUUGCAUGUGCACCAGAAAUUCAAGUUUAACUGAAAAAGGUUUGGCAGGUACUGGUACAUUGGGAGGUAUUUAUGCUGCUGUUUUCCAUGUUACUUUUAAAGAGAGGCUGGUCAUAUCCUGCAAUAGCUACAGAUUUUUUAAAGAGUUGAAAAUAAUGACAAUUUUCUACAUUAAAAUAAUCUUUUCAGAAGUUAAAUUCAAAGAUACUUUUAUUUUCAAAUCUUUCAAACCUGGAUAUUUCAAAGUCAAAAGCCUCAUUUUCAAAGGUUCUGAGUUUCCACUGUCACAGCUGAACUAAUUAAUUACAGAUCAUUUACAAAUGAGUAACACAGCAUCUUUGAAAAUCAGGCUAUUAAAUAGUGUAUUUCUGCCCACCAGAAAUCCAGGUUUGAAAGGAUUUAUUCAAGUCUGUAUCUGCAGUAAAAGUAUGUGUGUGACAUGCUUGCGGAAAAGUAAUUUUUAUACGUAAUAUUGCAUACUUUUGUACUCCAUAUCGUAAACAAUGCCUUCCAAUGCCAAGCUGUAGCCUAUCAAAAUCCAUAUGUUUGUCUUUGACUUCAGUGAGACCAGACACACUGACCCCUGUUCUCCCAGCAUCCAGCAGUUCAGUGUCAGGGAGCUGAACAGACAAGUGUGCUCUCUCCUUGUUUAAAAAGACGCACUUUAAAGUUGGUCAGAUGGGGACAGACUAAGAAAGGAAGGGCACACUCUUAUUAGAAAGCAUUAGUUAGUACUCAGAACUAGCCUGGGAGUCAUUAAUAUCAGAAACCUGCAUUCUGUAAUUCUGAUUCCUGUAUUGCAUAACCAACCAAUAAGCUGAAUCUUGCAGUAUUACUAAUUACCAUUCCCUUCAGGAAGAAUUCUGUCUCUGAGCAAAGCUGGCAGUAAAUGUAGUUCUGAAGGAAGCAGAUUCACAUAAACAACGUCACAAAUUAAACUGUGGCUGUUUGAGCCAGAGGUGUAUAAUUGGGCUUGGAUGAGAUGAAGAUGCAUAACUGGAUGCCCUGUAGGCCAUCACAAAUGCAGUUUUGAUGAAGUACCUAAGAAAAAGCUGGGAGCAUCAAAAAAUGAAAAGGAAUGAGGCAGAAUGUGCCCUACAGCUUUAACUUCCAAGGGUAAUAUAUAUUACUGGGAAGGAACAAGUGAAUAGAAGCACACCAAGGCCCAAGUAUUUUAAAAAGGAGAAUCAGAUCAGUGGGUUCUUAUUAGCAAAAUAUAGGUUUAUUCUAUGAUUUGGACAUGUUUCCUUUGGGGUCAAAUUGAGACAUUUAUGUAUGACAUUUAUUAAAAAUGUUCCUGUCUAGCACAUCAGGGAAGGUUACAGCUAUCACUUAUCUGUAGGCUUUGAAAGGAGGGCGAGAGGAGAGCAUCACACUUCCUCCUCAGAGCAGUGUGCCCUGGUGUGUGGGAGGGAAACACCUGCAGUGCUGUGAGCACUGGGAUGGAGGCAGGAGAGGGCUUUUGGAAAAAGUCCAGAGAGCUGUCAUUUUCCUGCUCCACCCUGCCUGCUCCUGAAGAGGUUGCUCACAGCCCAGCACAUGCUCUCUCCACUCCCACUGAAACACUUUUCCUAGGAUCAUUGUUUACUUUAUUGGAGUAAAUGGCAUUCUAAUACGUGUUCCUAUUUUUUAAGCACCCCUUUUAACUAAAAUAUGUUUUCUGAAUGUGACCAGCCUUUGGUGCUAGUCUUGUAAAGAUCAACUAAACUUAAUCUCAGUGUCAACUAAUGAAUAGUGAAGUAAGACCUGUACUAUUUUAGAGAGUGAUACACCUCCUACUUCUGACAAUGUAGACUACCAGGCAAAAUAUCUGAGGAUUAGUUUUCAGUCACAUCCUGUUCUUACCUUUUCAUGGUGAAUAUUAGGGCUUUACCAGGCAUCUAGGUGCCAGUGGUUUUGUUUGGAAUCUGUUUAGCAUAUUUACAUGCAUAAAUCAUUGACAAUAUAUGUCUUGGAGCAUUUACUAGUAAAAUACAUAACAUUAAAAAGGUUUCAAAUAGGGCCUUAGCUGAGAGUGAUCUUCCAGGUCAGAAAGCACUGUCAUUUUUGUUUGUGAGCUCAUGUGUACUGGGACCUUGUUAAAUCAGGCUGAACAUAACACACCUCAAGUAACCCUGCUUUCCUGGUCACAGUUAACAGCCACCUGGCAAUAGAGUGUCAUUUUUGGGUUGCUUUUUAUGCAAGGGGACUCAGAAUAACAUCACAGUAGCUGGCUGGAGGUGGCCAUGUAAGAACCCAGCUCAGGGAGGGAAAUGCCCUCUGCAAAACCCUUGGGACUGUGGCCUGGUAUCAGGAGAUUAACCAGUUAAAAAACACUGGAGGUCAAGAGAUAUUCACAUGAGUAUUUUCAUCAUCUUCCCAGCUCACUACAAAUAAAAACACUAGGAUAGCUGAAGAUAAUAUUUUAAGUUUUGAUGACCUAGUCCUCAGAGUCUGCAAAGAUAUUUUCCUUGGGAGUUUUAUCUAUUCCUGGAGAUGUUUUCUGGCUUUCCAGGCUAUAGUGUCAUCUGAACCACCCUAAUGUAUGUCAUCACCUCCAGCAUUGUUUGAUGUAUGGAAUUAGGUUAAAAUGGAGGCUGUUUUUAAGUUUGGUUGUUCUUUAUUAGCUUAUCUUAGUAUGAAUACCAAGAUAUCUGUCUAUGUGCACCUGUGUGUGUGUGAGAGAGUCCAUUGUGUGCACACGAGUGUAUGUGUGGGAUGUGUGAGCGGCUGCUUCUAGGCUGUUAAGUGUCAAUGGGAUAAAGAAAAUGUAUUCAAAAUACUUAAGUCAAAAAUAGAAGGUGGUAAAAAGAUUUAUUCUAUACAAAGCCUUGUCUGGACCACUUUAGAGAGACUUCUAUUUUUUUAACCCUUCUAUAAAUGUUUGAUGGCACUUGAAAUAUUCCUGCAAUAAAAUGUGAUUUGUGUAAACAUUAAAAAAAAAAUUUUGUAAUGUGAAACAAUGAAAGAAAGUAAUGUAAUUUUUCUAAAAAACAAAAAAAAACCACAAACGAACGAACUUUGUAUUAUUUUCUUGAUGGAAUUUUGUCUAUUUGUCUUUGGAAAACUUUUUAUUUCAUUGAAUGUGCCAUAGUAGAGGUGCGUUUUUCUUUUUCUUUCUUGGUUUUUUUUUAUAUUUACAUUUUAGAUUAAAGGAAUAGCUGUGUUCCGACAUUCCAAAAUGCAAGAUGACAUAGUCAUGAUUAAAAGGUUUGAUUAGUAAGCUUCAAUCAUUGUUGCUUUUUUUGCACAUGUUCUUCAUUCCUCUACAGUGCAAUAUGUACAUAGAGCACUUGCGGGUGUAACCUUGAUCCCUCAGGGAAAAAUACAUAUUUGUACAGGAUUUUUUUUUUUUUUUUUUUUUUGCCUUUUUUCUUUCCUUUCCUUGUUUCUUUUUUUUUUUUUUUUUUUUUUUUGCUAAGGAAUGUCGAUUGAAUCACUUGUCUGUUGUUGAGGGGCAGCCAGAUAAUAAUCCUAAACCACUGUCACAAAACAUUGUUUAAAUUUUGUGCCCUUCUAUUAUUUAAAAAAGAAAAAUAAAAGUUAUUUUCUGACAGUUCUUUGUGCUGAUUGGUGAAAAAAAGGGUAAAUAGAUAAGCACCUUAUGAUUGACUUAACUGUGAAUGACAAUCCAUCUCGUUAUCAACAAGAGAAGCCCUUUCAUUUUGGAGCUGGGGUUAUAAGUCAGAAACUAAUGUGCUCAGGGAUCUUCUAAAACUCUUCAACAGGGUGGCCAGUACUGCUGGUGGAACAAAUUACAUUUUUAAAAAAUAUGCUAGUAUUUCUUCCCUUCCCCCUGCCCCCAGGCACAAGAGAACUGGAUUUUUUUUAUUUUAACUAAAUGCUCUAUGCGUGCCUCAUUCUCUUACUCACUCUUGCAGUAGAGCUGCUUUAUGGUUGAUAUUGUGCUUAAAACAGAAGUAGUCCAAAUAGCACAAAGAUUUUACAAUUAUAUUUUAGAAGAUAAAUGCUGACCCACUAAAUAAAUGAUGGAAAUUAAUUUCAAUAUCCUCUGGACAUUUUUAUAAUGAUAGGACUACUUUUCCAGCUGAAAUUCAGUGUUCUGCAAUAGAAAAUGGCUUUUUAGUAUUUAAAUUAAUGUUAAAGAAAAUGAAUCAGCUGGUGAGAAUACAGUAAGAAUGAAAAGGUCAUGGUUAGGUUUCAGCAGUGAAGUCACAUAGAAAGGAACACACAUUUGCAGGAAUACAAGAACAGCACUUCAAAUAUUGUCUGUCAUUGUUGCAGAUGUUUCAUGGUAAAGCCAAAACCUGACUGGAAAGAAAUACUGAGGCUGAAGAAAUUUUCACCUCUAGUACAUCAAAUGCAGCAAUUCUUAGUGAUUUUAGAAUGGCACCAAAACCCAGCAAUAUUUAGAAGUCUCCCAGUGCCAAACUAUAGGAUGCUGGAUGCCUGUACCAGUUAGCUUUGUUUUAUGGCUUCAUAUUCUUUCGAUAAAUGCAAGUAAAAAAGUAAAUAACUAUGAACAAAAGAGCAAGACUUCAACACUUUGGUUACAUUGGAAAGACAGUGAAUUUGCUUCUCCAUCAAAUCUGUCUGCUUGGAGAAAGCCCCAGUUUUCUGGUGUUUUUGAGGGUUUUUUCACAGGUAUAUGGCUUCCAGUUGGUUACUUUAGAUUGCUUAAUAAACAGGGAAACUGUACUUAUGGUUUCACAAGCUGACAGUUGAGUUUAGCUUGGAAUGGCUUUCCAAGGCAGACAAGCACUUAGCAAGUAUGAUCAGUUGGUGUUCUGGCAUCUUCAGCAGAAGAGAAUUCCUAUUGCUGAUUCACAGUGGACCCUAUUCUUUACAUACUUGCACAUCAAUUAAACACUCUCAGAAUGGACAACCUGUAAGCUGUUUUAACUGUGUAGUGGGAUGAUCCAAGCAUUACAGUAUUUUUUUUUGGAUUGGCGUAGACAAUCCCCAGUCUGUACUUGAUGAACAAAACAGGUUACACAGUGUAAGCUGUGCAAACAAUGUGUAUUUUUCCCCUAGACAUUCCUAAACUUCUCAGUGUAGAUAAACCUAUUAAUAUAAAUGCCAGAAACAGCACUUACUAUACAAUAUCCAAAAAUAGUAAGCAAUUUUCUCAUGAGUAUUCAUUGUAUGGAAUUCUACCUGUGCUAGCUGAUUCAGAUUGCACAGAACAUCUUUAUUUUCCUUAGCUGGAGAAAUAAAACUAUUAUAAUUAUUUUUAAUUAUUAAUACUAAUAUUUAUCACUUUUAAAGUUAUAUCCAUUAAUAUAUUUUAAUAUUAGCCUCUUACUUUCUUUUUAAAUAUUCCUGUCAGUAAAUCAUUUGGUGGAAAUGAGGGCAAAUGCAUACAGAUACCAAAUACAACAACAAAAAGAAAAGUUUUAAAAUGUAUAUGAGUAUUUAUUUAAAAAUCCUUGCAGUAUGUGCUUUAAUUCUAGUACUGUGAUAAUGGCUUGCAACAUAAUGCUAAGUCACUGGACUUGGGAAAAAUACGUAACAUAAUAUACAGUCUUUCUCUGGAACUUUAUUCAGGUACUAAAUAGAAUUCUAACAUCUAAACAGGAGCUGUAUUCUACCUUUUCCAUCCAUAAUGUUGCUGUUUGUCUAUUUUUAUUUUUUUUUUGCCUUUAUCAUUGGUAGAAUAUAGCAAUAACUUUAUAGCAAUAAGUAGGCUAUCCAAAUAAGAAAGAAAACAUGAUAAAGGCUUCAGAUCAAUACUCAUAGGCUCACUUCUGCCACAAUAUUCACUUGUAUGUCUUCCCUCAUAAUUUUAUUACUUCUUCAAGCUAAACUCCACAAUCAAGUUGUUCAACUUGAUGUGUGACAUCACACUUUGUUAACAUCUGCAUGUUUUCAGUGUUCACAUGUCCUAUGUGCACUUGUGUUCCUAUGUUAGUGUUUCUCAAGGUUUCUGAAAGCACAAUCUCUGUGAAGUAUAUUUCUGCACAGGGCUCUCUCUCUGUGUUGGAAUUGACUUGCACUUCCUGGGGCAGGGAGUGUGAACAAGCUGGAAUUACUGGCAGCAUUUCCUAACUGAAGGAACCAAGCUGCUGCAGGUUCUUGGGAGCUCUCUAGGCACUGCAGAUGCAAAGUGCAGUGCCCAGCAGCUCCUGCAGGCUGUGCAGCUGAGCUGCAGCUCCCGAGUUGCCUGCCCAGUGCACACCUGUAUCCACUGCUGGACCCAGCUGGGUGUGCCUGGCAGGGUGUUCUGACAAUAUUCUAAACACUGGGGCAGCGUUCAAACAACCAGUUGUGACUUUCAGUUUGAGAAACGCUACCCUGAAUUACCCCAUGGAGUCUUAAUGUAGAUGCACAAACUUUACAGGAACUUGCAAUCUGUAAUGCUAUCUAUAUCUAAUGCAGAGAAUUCAUAAGCAAUACAGUGAAUUUUAUUUCACAAAAAGGCAUAUGUACUGUACACCUUUUUAAAUCCAAAAUGUUCCUCAUUUCUACAUUGAUUUAGAAACAAGUUACAGAACAGUGGUCACUAUUUGAAGUAUUAGGACAUUAACUGGCUGCUUCUUUAUAUGUAACUGUAUUGUCUGCCUGCUCCUUUUCUGGAGAUGUGUUUUUGUAUUGGAUGUUUGGGCCAAUGGGAGGCUUCAAGCUACAAUGUAUUUUCCCAGAUUAAAUAUAUUUAACAUAUGACAAACCCCAGACAAGGCUUUUUAAAAUGUAUAAAGAACUGCAGUGUUAGGUGGUUUAUUUGCAAACUGUUUUCAAUGUUGUCCAUUUUUAUGGCACCUUUAACAAUAUUCUUGUUUCCAAAGUACAAAAAAAAAAAGGUUAAAAAUAUUCUAGCCAUAACUGAAUGUCAAGCAAUAAAAACAAAUGACUUUUUGUGCAUAGAUUUAAAAGAAAUACAAGUUUUAGACAUCUGCAUGUAAAUGCAAUCUCUUGUUUACUGCUUUCUUAAACUUGAGCAACUGAUUCCUUAUUUUACUACUAAUUUAAGGACUUGUAAUGGCCUGUAAACAUUUUAUCUUGCUCUAUUCUUUCAACUCUUUGUCUCUGCUUUGGAGUCAUAAUAUUUAAUGUUGUUCUGCUCACCUCUAUACAGUUAACUUUUUGCUUUUAUUCUGUAUAGAUAAAAUUAUACUAUAAACAGCCUACACAGUGCAAAUAUUUAUCUGUUUAUCAAAUACCACAUUAUGCUGUAUAAUAUCUGUUUUCCUAUAUAAUCUAUUUUAGACAUAGCUGUUUAGAACUAGAGUGUGCUAUUUUUGUGUUUUUCUGAUGUGUGGUGCUAGAUAAGUUACUUUUGUGAACAAAAACAAACAAACCCCUUUUAUUCCUAGACAAUACCACCUUUGGGUCUUGUUAAUUUCACUGAGUAUAACUAUAUAUAAAUAUAUAUAUUUGUGUAUAUAUAUAUAUACACCAACAUAUGCCCAACAAGUACCUGUAUCAGAGUACAAGAUUUGGGACAUGGUUUUCUCUUUAAAUGCAUAGUAUCAUUAUAUAAAUUAUUCUAUAGUAUAUUUAAUAAGGAGAAAAUUACUUCACCAGUACAGAUACUUGAUAUCAAAUGUAGAUUUUUUUCUACUUUAUUAACAUUAUUAAUUAUUAAUGUUAUUAAAAUUGUUCUGUCCAGCUUGUUAUCCUUUUGGUUACUAAAAGAGUCUGCCUGUAUUGUAUCAAAAAUAAGAAAAACAUAUAAUCUGCCAGUAUAAAAUAAUUACAAUAUGCUGUCUGUCUGAAAGGGAGGUUAUUUGGCUUGUUGGGGGAAUUCUAUCCUGUUGUUGCAUCAGCAAUGUAUAGAUGUUAUUCUGCUGGGUGCCUUCCUCCCUCCUCACUUUAAGUAGGAUCUGUACACACUCAGACUGCGGAUGUUACUGGGCCAUGCCUACACACUUAACUCCAGUUACUGUAAAUAGGAAUGUGUAAAUCUGCCGUGGUAGAUGGGUGGCUAAAUUCAGUCCCUGGAUAUGCUUUAUACACCAUGUAUUCAUAUCCAAGGACAGCCAGUAGCAACUAAAGUGAAUUAAGAAGUGGAAUUUGCAACACUUUGUCAGGUAUCGGGGGUUUUGUUUUUAUUUUUUCAUGUAUACCUUAAUUUACGUAGUCAUACACCCCUCAAAAUAUUCCUAUCCCCUGCUCCUUUCAUUCUAGAUACGGUUUUCAUGUUCAUUCUUAAAAACUGAUGGAUAUCAAAUAUCUAACUAAGGAGGUAAUUAACCUUUUAAAUAUUUAUUAGAAUUUUUCUGUAAUAUUACUGAAUUUAUAAGAUCUUUAGCAAAGAUUUUUGAGCAAUUUAUUAAUAACAAUGUUUCUGUUUACUGCACUUUUUGAUAAUAGAAGGUAGUGAAUUUUAAAGCCAUGGUUCUUGGCUUCCAUGCACUGCUUUUGUACCCUAAAUCCAAGGAAUAUAUAUAUAAAUAUUUUUUUUUAAACAGCAAACAUACUGUUGACCUAAAAACAAAAACAAACUUUACUGCACCAUGGGUAUAUUUUCAUAAGUGGAAUGUUUAACUGCAAACACUAUCAGGACAAUUAUAAAAACCUCUUGAAGCUACAAUCUUAUUUAAAUAUAAGCCAUGACAAUUUUGUUUUCCCUUCUUGAUUUAAGUCACCUUUUGAUAUUUUCAAAGAGAAAAGGAUUCACUCUUAAAUUUGUACGUACCAACCUACACGUAAUGCCAGGAACA